AUGCUGACCUUCAGGCGGCUCUUCACCACCGCCAUCGUCCUGGUGGUGGGCCUGCUCUUCUUCGUCAAGAGCGCCGAGGCGGCCAAGGGCCCCAAGAUCACCCACAAGGUCUACUUCGACAUUGAGCACGGCGACGAGAAGCUGGGCCGCAUCGUCCUGGGCCUGUACGGCAAGACGGUCCCCGAGACGGCCGAGAACUUCCGCGCCCUGGCCACUGGCGAGAAGGGCUUCGGCUACGAGGGCUCUACCUUCCACCGCGUCAUCAAGCAGUUUAUGAUCCAGGGCGGUGACUUUACCAAGGGCGACGGCACCGGUGGCAAGUCGAUCUACGGCAACAAGUUCAAGGACGAGAACUUCAAGCUGAAGCACACCAAGAAGGGUCUGCUGUCCAUGGCCAACGCUGGACCUGACACCAACGGCUCCCAGUUCUUCAUCACCACUGUUGUUACCUCAUGGCUCGACGGCCGACACGUCGUCUUUGGCGAGGUUCUCGAGGGCUACGACAUUGUUGAGAAGAUCGAAAACGUCCAGACCGGCCCCGGCGACCGCCCCGUGAAGCCGGUCAAGAUCGCCAAGAGCGGCGAACUGGAGGUUCCCCCCGAAGGUAUUCACGUCGAGCUCUAA